AUGGCUUUGAGAGGGGCUUCAAGUGGAGAGCUGUUAAACUGGGAUAGGCGGGUGGUGGAGAAGAUUGAGGAUUAUGUGGAGACUUAUAUACUUGCCUGCACUUUUAGAAAUGUUGAUGAUAAUUUUGUUUGGGCGUUUGGGGUGGUGUAUGGCCCUAAUGAUGAUGGUGAAAGGAGUGAAUACACACCAAGGCUUAUCAAGAAUCUUGAGGGGAUUAAGGUUAAAAAUGUAGCUGCUGGGUUGCUGCAUUCAGCAUGCAUUGAUGAAAAUGGCUCUUUGUUUAUCUUUGGUGAUAGAGCAGUAGAUAAAGUGGGCUUUGCAGAGGUGAAAAAUGCAACAGCACGUUCCAUGACUAGCAACCUGCCGUAUUCAGAAGAAGUUGCAUGUGGUGGCUAUCACACGUGUGUCCUGACAAGAAGUGGGGAACUGUACACUUGGGGCUCAAAUGAAAAUGGUUGUCUUGGUAUCGGUUCUAUGGAUGUGUUUCAUCUCCCUGAAAGAGUUCAAGGUCCUUUCUUGAAGUCUCCUGUUAGCAAGGUUUCUUGUGGUUGGAAGCAUACUGCAGCUAUUUCUGAAUGCAAUAUUUUCACAUGGGGUUGGGGUGGUUCUCAUGGAACAUUUUCUGAAGAUGGACUUUCAUCCGGCGGACAAUUGGGUCAUGGAAGUGAUGUGGACUACAUAAAACCUACGAUGAUUCCGUUUGGAAAGAAUGUGAAAGCCUUACAAAUAUCAUGCGGCUUUAAUCACACAGGUGCCAUUCUUGAAUACACCUAACCUUUGUAUACCUGGAUGUCAGCUACAAGACAUGUACCUCAUAUUCAUUGCACAGAAGUGGUUCCGACAUUUCCAAUUGCUCGAUCGCACUCAUUCGUUCAUUCAUCAUAUCAUCUCGAUGUCAUUCAUCACCCAAUUAGCAACCAUAUACAUGUUUAAGCUCAUCCAGAAGACUCAAGAAAGAUGCAUCAUACUUGAUUGAGGGUUUUGUGACUUCAAAUUUCAAAGAAUAAUUAAAUUUAAAAAAACCACAGUAUACAAGUACAUGGGAUAAAAGGUCCUACUAUGCAAAGGAUACAGUGUCAUUGAUGUCAGAGUGUAUGUAGUCCAGCAAAAAAAUGGCACUUAUUCAAUAAACGAAUAUACUUUUGUACAAAGAUACUUAUUUUCUAUUUACUAUAUGCUUAAUUAAUGAAAAA